AUGACUACAACUAAAGAAAACCAGAAAUCAAAUUCCACUAUGGGCAAAAAACUAAACAUCAUUAUUUGUGGAGGAGGCCUUGGUGGUUUGGCCUGUGCUAUUGGCCUCAAGAGAAAAGGACAUACGGUAACGAUUCUCGAAGGGUCUCAUACUCUCAGUGAGGUCGGAGCUGGAAUUCAAAUGCCGCCCAACUGUGUCAGAAUUUUGGAAGGAUAUGGUAUUGCGGACAAGUUCAAGGACGCAAUCACUAUCCCCAAAAAUAUUGUCUUGAGAAGAUACAGUAACGGAAAGCCUUUGAGCACAACCCCAUUGGAUCCUCUGAUGUCGGAUAGUUAUGGAUUUCCAUACUGGCUGAUUCACCGUGCGGAUUACCAAAGAAUUCUUUGGGAAACAGCCGUUGAGCUCGGAAUUAAGUACCAAAUUGACUCAAGGGUUGAUUAUGUUGAUGACGAUACAAACACUGUUUACUUGGUCACUGGCGAGGCCUAUCACGCAGACGUAAUUGUUGGUGCGGAUGGUAUUCGCUCAAGAGUCAGAGAUACGGCUGUUAUAACCGAGGAAGUCAUCUUGCCAAUCGCAUCUCCACAGUGUGCGUACCGUGCCACUGUCCCCAGAGAAGUCAUGCUCUCAGAUCCAAAAAUUGCUCAUUUGAUGACAGAUGUCAAUGCCAACAAUUGGAUUGGUUAUAGAAGGCACAUUAUGGCAUAUCCAAUGAAGAAUGGAGAGAUGUAUAAUUUGGUCAUGGCUCAUCCAGGUCAAGCACCAAUCGGAACAUGGAACAUGCCAGGAAAUGUAGAUGAACUGAAGGAACACUACAAAUCUUUUGAUCCGGUCAUUAGACAAGUUCUUACUCAUGUUACGCACUGUCUUGAAUGGGUCUUGGCUGACCUACCUCCUCUUCCUCGCUGGGUCAGUCCAAAAGGAAGGGUUGUAUUGAUAGGUGACGCGGCUCAUGCGAUGUUACCUUUCUUGUCCCAGGGUGCUGCUCAAGCCGUUGAAGAUGGAUGUACGUUGGCUGAAGAGCUUGACUCCGUCAAUUCUCUAGAUGACCUUCCCGAGGCACUGAGAAAGUUUGAGAGAAAGAGAAAGAGACGGGCUGAAAUAGUCCAACUCGGAGGUAGAAAAAACCAACAUAUCUGGCAUCUUCCAGAUGGUGAGGAGCAAGAGGAGAGGGAUCGUUUGAUGAAGGAGAAAGACUCCGAAAACCCUGACCAAUGGUCCGAUGUCAAGUUUCAGAGGUGGUUAUUUGGAUGGAAUGCAUUCGACAGCACUUUCUAA